AUGAUCUCAAACGGCGUUUAUCUGAACGAUCGCCAGAAGCGGAUUGACUUUGUGUUAGUCUUCCGGACCAAAGACGUCAAGUUAUCGGAGGAUAUGUCGAAAUCGCGACAGAUAUACGAGCAAAACCUCAUAGAGGAGGGGCUGAUACUGGAGUACACGGACAGCAUAGGGAGCGGGGAGUAUACAUAUGUGCAUAUCUUCGCGCCCUGGGAUCUGUUGACCAGAUAUGCCGAAGUCAUGAAACUCCGGAUGCCUAUGAAAACGAUUCAGUCAAAUAUGAAAGUUUUAUUUGAUGAGGAGUACAGCACUGAUAGUAUGGUGUUCACAGCACCAUACACUCGCGAUAAGGAAUACCUGUUUGACAUACCGGUGCCCGAUAAGGAACAGUUCUUCACGAGCAGCCAAAGGGCACAAAUUGUGGAGUUUAUUCUGAAGCGAAAGAGUUUUACCACAAAU